CGUGGUUCUGAGAAGACGCCAAGUGAUUUAUACGUCAAACAGGGGUCUGCUCUGUUCUCGCGUAUGGGGUGAAAGACCAAUUCACCGGCGAUUGGUGUGUCGCACCGCCGUGUACUUUGGUCCACCCUGUGGCCGUUCGUUUUCUACUGUUCUUGAUGUGGGGCAGCACCCUGGAUUUUACUUCAAACCGCUGCAUCAGCAACCCGGUGCUUUCCUCCACCUCCCCCCCUCUAUAUGAUCAGCUCGCAUACACCAUUUCCUCCACCUCCUCUCCAAGCCAAGACAUGGGCGGUGGCUCUGUCUUCCUGUUCUUUCUUGUCUUCCAUCUUUUCUCCUCUGCUACGGCCUGUGGCGGGUGCGUGCAUCAAGCCACGGCUGCCCACUUCACCUCCUUCUCCGCUUUAUCUGUUGGGGCUUGUGGAUAUGGCUCCAUGGCUUUGGGCUUCAGCGGAGGCUACGUUGCUGCUGCAAGCUCUGCUCUUUACAGAGGCGGGGUUGGCUGCGGAGCAUGUUUCCAGGUGAGAUGUAAGAACACGAAGAUAUGCAGCAGUCGAGGGGUCGAAGUGAUCAUUACGGACCUCAACAAGAGCAACGACACCGACUUGGUUCUCAGCAGGCCGGCUUAUGUCGCCAUGGCACGACGUGGGAUGGCCAAAUCGCUGAAGAAACUUGGCAUCGUGGAUGUGGAAUACAAAAGGAUUCCAUGUGAGUACAGCAACAAGAACUUGUCCAUUAGGGUGGAAGAGAAGAGCAAAAGGCCAAACUCUUUGACCAUCAAGUUCCUCCACCAGGGGGGUCAGACUGACAUCGUGGCGGUGGAUGUGGCGCAGGUCGGGUCGUCGAAUUGGCAAUUCAUGAGCAGGGAGUACGGACCGGUGUGGAGCACCGACCGAGCGCCGGUCGGCCCGCUGCAGCUGAGAAUGGUGGUGACGGGCGGCUACGAUGGGAAGUGGGUUUGGGCUCAGAAAGAGGUCCUGCCGGUUCACUGGAAGAUCGGCUCGGUCUACGACUUAGGGGUUCAGAUCGCUGACAUUGCUCGAGACGGAUGCUCGAACGGCCACACGGAAGGCUGGAAGUGAUGCAUGCUCGAAGCUCCUCGUUUCAUCGACAGACUAACCCAAGUCAACUGUAUAAUUUUCUCAUUGGAUUUUCAACUCCCUAAUUCGAGGGGUCUCUCUUACGAUUAUUGUAACUUUUUUUUUUUCUUUUUGACGAAAUACAUAGUACUGAGGUAAUACAAUGUCUCGGUCA